AUGGAGUUGAAGACAAAUCAUGCUGCUCCGGUCCUCACUGACCCUCCACCGAUAAGUAAGUCAAGACUAGGCCUCCAUUCUAGUUUGUUGCCAUUCUCACAGCAAGGAGCAUCAUUCUCCUCUGGCAAGUACAUUAACAUCCCAAGGAAAAAGCCAGGAAAGCUCGAUGAUGUUCGGUCCAAUGGUUGGCUUGAUGCCAUGAAAUCCUCUUCACCUCCCCGGAAGAAGCUCAAUAAGGAUUUCAAUGUUGAGGUUGCUUCAGAUGAUGUUGAUAAUGCUUACUGCUUUUGGAUGCUUAAGCAUCCAUCAGCGCUGAAAUCGUUCGAGCGGAUUACAAAUUUUGCAAGGAACAAGAAGAUAGCAAUAUUUCUAGAUUAUGAUGGGACUCUUUCCCCGAUAGUUGAUGACCCUGACCGUGCAAUAAUGUCUAACGCUAUGCGUUCAGCUGUAAGAAAUGUUGCGAAGCAUUUUCCAACUGCUAUUAUUAGUGGAAGAAGCCGCGAUAAGGUAUAUGAUUUGGUAGGACUAACAGAACUUUACUAUGCUGGUAGUCAUGGAAUGGACAUAAUGGGUCCUGUCACUAAUACAGACUCCAAUGACCAUCCAAACUGUGUGAAAUCUACUGACCAACAGGGUAAGGAGGUAAACCUCUUCCAGCCUGCUAGGGAGUUUAUACCUAUGAUCGACGAGGUUUUUAGAACCCUCGUCGAGAAUACUAAAGGGAUCAAAGGUGCAAAAGUUGAAAAUCACAAGUUUUGCGCCUCUGUACAUUACCGUAAUGUAGAUGAGAAAAAUUGGUCUACAAUUGCACAAAGUGUUCAUGAUAUUCUCAAAGACUACCCUCGUUUACGAUUAACUCAUGGGCGGAAGGUUUUAGAGGUCCGCCCUGUUAUUGACUGGAACAAGGGAAAAGCAGUUGAAUUUUUGCUUGAAUCUCUUGGGCUAAAUGGUAGGGAUGAUGUGCUCCCAAUUUAUAUUGGUGAUGAUAGGACCGAUGAAGAUGCAUUCAAGUUCUUGAAGAAGAAGAAGAAGCGUGGUUAUGGAAUUCUGGUGUCGCCUGUUCCAAAAGAAACCAGUGCCUUCUACUCUCUCAAGGACCCGUCAGAGGUCAUGGAAUUUCUCAAGUCCUUGGUGAGAUGGAAGGAGGAAGAAGCCAAUUAA